CUUUCCCACACAUCAUACUAACAGAGAUCCUUCACGCUGAUUCUGGAGGUGCUGGACCUGUCCACCAAUACUACAGAAGGCGAGGUGAUAGACUCCAUGACGUACAGCGGCAUCCUGGUUCCCGGCCCUGACUGGCACACCCUCACGCACGCGGGCUCUGUGGCGCGGGUGGCCUACAGGGUGCGGGUGCUGUGCGAUCAAAACUACUACAAUACCACCUGCACCAAGUUCUGCCGCCCCCGUGACGAUCAGUUUGGCCACCUCACCUGUGAUGCCUCCGGGGACAAGGUGUGUCGCCCUGGCUGGAUGGGGGACAACUGCGAUAAAGCGAUAUGCAAGCAGGGGUGUCACGCGGAGCACGGCACCUGCACCCAGCCCGGAGAGUGCGAGUGUCGGAUGGGCUGGACUGGGGAUCUGUGUGACCAGUGCCGCCCCUACCCCGGCUGUAAACACGGCUACUGCGAUGGCCAGCCCUGGACGUGCGUGUGUCACCUCAACUGGGGCGGCAUCCUUUGUGACCAAGACCUCAACUACUGCGGCCGCUAUCCCUGUGUGAACGGCGGCACCUGCGAGAACACGGCCCCUGACGAGUAUUUGUGCACCUGUCCUGAGGGCUUUUCCGGGGAGAACUGCGAGGUGGUGGAGGACCCCUGCGCUCCGGGGCCCUGCCAGAAUGGGGGAACCUGCAGGGAGGUGAACGGCGGCUUCCAAUGUACCUGUGCCGCGGGCUGGUCUGGCGAGACGUGUGGCGAGGACGUGGACGAGUGUGCCUCCAGCCCCUGCGAGCACGGCGGCACCUGCGUCGAUAUGGUCAACGGCUUCAGUUGCAACUGCACGCAGGGUUGGGAGGGCAACACCUGCCAGUUCGACUCAGACGAGUGCCAGGGGCGGCCAUGCAUCAACGCCGUGUCCUGCGUCAACCUUGAGGGGGAUUACCAGUGCCGCUGCCGCAAGGGAUGGGAGGGGAAGAACUGCAACAUCAACCUCAACGAUUGCCAGGGUCAGUGUCUGCACGGCGCCACCUGCAUAGACCUGGUGGACGACUACCACUGCGCCUGCGACCAGGGGUACACAGGCCGCCACUGUGAGACGGAGCUGGACGAGUGUAGCAGCGCGCCUUGCCACAACGGCGGGGAGUGCGUGGACAAGCUGGCCGGCUACCGCUGUAUCUGUCCAGUCGGGUACUCUGGCCACCAGUGUGAGAUCGACAUCGACUUGUGUAACCCGAACCCCUGUGACAACGGGGCGCCGUGCAUCAACACGCGCUCCGACUACUACUGUCACUGUCCCGAAGGCUGGGCCGGGAAGAACUGCUCCUCUCCCCGCCCCGCCUGCACCACGCCUCCCUGCCAAGACUGGAGGAGAUCCAGCCUAAUGCAAGUACUGUGGCUGUCUGUGGUGUGUCCCUCCCGCCCCUCACCGUCGCCCCCCCUCACAGUGGUCGACAGCUGCACGGUGCCGGAGCCCCAGGAGUCAGGGUCAGUGCUUCUUGUGCCCUCCAACAUCUGCGGGAGACACGGUCGCUGCGUCAGCUACGCCGAGGGGGCCUUCUCGUGUGUGUGUGACCCGGGCUUCAGCGGCCAGUACUGCCACAUCAACGUGAACGACUGCGAGUCUUCGCCGUGCAUGAACGGAGGAACGUGUGUUGACCUGGUGAACGGCUUCCAGUGCGUGUGCGACCCGGGCUGGGAAGGUCCCUACUGCAAUAUUGACGUGGACGAGUGUGCUGACCGUCCGUGUCGCAACAACGCAUCCUGCAGGGACGGCGACAGGGACUUCACGUGCGUGUGCGAGGACGGGUGGAAGGGCCGCACGUGUUCCUCCACCACCUCCCACUGUGACCCCAGCACCUGCCAGAACGGCGGCACCUGCACCGACCUGGGUGACGGCUUCGUCUGCCACUGUCUCCCCGGCUGGAGGGGCAGCAUCUGUCAAAUCCCCGAGCAUCGAGCGUGUGACUCAGCGCCUUGCCAGAACGGUGCCACUUGCGUCAACACCGGCGACGGCUUCACCUGCCUGUGUCCUGACGGCUGGGACGGCGUCACGUGCAUCAACAAUAUCAACGACUGCACGCCGCACCCGUGCUACAAUGGUGGGCUCUGCGUGGACGGCGUGAACUGGCGCGUGUGUGAAUGUGUGUCGGGUUUCACAGGACCGGAUUGUCGCGUCAACAUCAACGAGUGUGCCUCCUCCCCGUGCGCGUUCGGCAGCACGUGCAUUGAUGGAGUUGCAAACUUCACAUGCUUGUGUCCGCCGGGACGCACCGGGAGCCGCUGUGAACUCGUGGAGGCAAACAGCACCUCCAUCCAAGCCUCAAAAGCCUGCAAAUGGGGCGGCGACCUGCGUCCCCACGGGGCAGUGUGGCGGCAUCAGUGUAACUCUUGCCACUGCAGCCAUGGGGUCGCCUCCUGCUCUGACGUGUGGUGCGGCCCCGAGAAUUGCCUCCGCUCCCGUGACCCAGACCACUACCCGUGUCAGCUUCAUGAGGUGUGCGUGCCAGGGCCGCUGCACUGGUGCCUGGCUCCUCCCUGCGAGCCGUGGGGGGAGUGCCGCCUGCUGAGUGAGGAGGGACAGCACGUUGCCCCCAGGGUCAACCCAGGCCCCAAGGACUGUGUGCCCAACCAUGCCACGCUCAACAACGGUUGUGCCAGACUCACACUCAUACUGGACCGCGCCAGGCUGCCGCAGGGCUCCCGCGUGCAGAUGGUGUGCCAGGGCCUGCGGGCGGCCUGGGCUGAUCGCCACGCCCACACCUCCACGCCAGCACCCAUUAUCCUGUGUGGCCUUUUGGUGGGAACAAACGACACGAUAGAAGUCACGCUGUCGUACACGGACGAGGUACAGCGCGGAGACGUGACCAUGGCGGCCAAGACCCUCGGAGAGCUAGUUAGCAGGAAGCUCACACCGGCCUCCGCCCUGGCCGCCGCCGUGGAGGUCAAGGUGGAGACGACGGUAGUGAGCGGAGAACCCGCUGGCGUGGCUAAUGGAGUGCUGGCGGCAGUGACGGUGGUGUUGGUGGUCCUGGUGGUGCUGGUGGUGGCGGCGCUGGGCUACUGGCAGUGCCGGCGACGACACCUGCAGGCGCACCACCGCAACGCCUUCCCGUCCCACUCGUCGAGGCACAAGCUGGCGGAAGACUCCCACGCCGAGAAGUCCAACAAUGAGAACGAGGAGAAGCUGUGGCGGUACCACAACCCCCUGAAGACCACCACCUUCAGCGUGGGUCCCACUGACGGUGGAGAGCCGUCCUGCUCCAGGAUGAGUCCUCAGGGGCCUGGUGAUCCCCGCGUGGCGCCUCUUGGCUCCCCGUGUGGCCUGAUGCCGGUCCCGAAGGGCAUGUUGGCCACACCCGAGACCACCGACCUGAGUGACUGUGACUCCCCGACACACGGGCUGCCGGCGGCCAUCCGCAAGGUACAGAACGCUGACGUGGAGCGGAACAUGACGCCGCACGACCCUGCCUGCAAGAGCCUGCAAAAGGAGAUCAACCUUAAGGCCAUUAGCCCUCGGUCGCCGGAGCCUGACACCAUUACCACCGAGAUGGUGGUAUAGCAGCCGCCGCGGCAGCCUAACCUUUGUGUUCACGGGGGAGGCCGCUCCUGUCCUCCCUUGACCUACUCCCGUCCAUUGAUGACCCGGUGACCGCGUACUUCCCUCCGCCCGGUGACGUCACACAGCUUGGUGCGCCGCAGGACACUAGUGGUGUAGUGCGACAGAAGCUUAUUUUUCUACGAGAGGUGAGGAGAGCGGCCGCCCGGCCCGUGUCGCUCGCUGUAUUUUCUUAGAGCCGGACGCGAGGAGCCCAGGCGCCCCGCGGAGCCUCAUGUACAGCCUCCAAGUGCUUUUUGUAGAUAAAAAGUGGCCGUGUUCAUAACUUAGAGCAGUAGCAGGACACUACAGUGGAAGGUCGUGAUCUCUAUAGUUUAUUUUCUCUCGUAAUAACUUCGCAUUUUCUUCUGCAAAGCAGUAGAGCGUGACGUCACUGACCCCUGAAGUGGUCAUAUCGCCGGCUGACUGGCUAGGUGGCAGGCUGACAGGCUGGCUGGUCGGCCGUGGCGUCAGUAGGCUGCCCCGCUGACUGGCUGACCAGCUGGCCCGGCGCCCGCCACGCCGCCUGUACAAUACUCAGCCUGGCCGGGUGCCACUCACUACCUGAUACUGAUGUAGAGAGCUGUGAUAUUUUUGUACAUUUGUAUUCAGUGUUGUGCAAUGUAUAUAUGUAAGUAUUUAUUGGUGUUUCCGACCAGUGCUGCGCCUCCCGAUGCCGCGGACUGGCGGCAGCGGUCCUGAACUGUUGAAGGGGCGGGGAGCACCAUACAAGGGGGAGCUGCUCCCACCACCAGGGGCUGGGUGGCCCCACUAACCGGGCUGUGAUAAUUGGAUCACCGUGGGGCGUCAACCCCUCAAGCCAUCCUCUGCCUUAAGAGUCAGUAAGAUUUGUACCCGCGUCGCUAUACACACGAGCCCUGAACAGAUGUACUAUUUUAGUAUUGGGGCGCGGCAGCACGACUUGCCAGGGAACACCGCGAAAAGACAAUAAAAGUUUACCUGAAA